AUGUGGAGGUUGGAUGUGGAUGGUGUGUAUGAAGUAAAAGUGGUAGUUUUGGGGAUGGAAUUCUGGGAUGGGGUCUUGAUUGGAGUGUAUUGUACUGUAUUGAUUGUGGAAUUCGAAUGUGGGGGAACGGGAGACGUGGACGGUGUUGUAGGUGAGGUUGAGAUUGUGGGGGAUAGGCCAGGAUGAGGUCAGAUGAGAGGAGGUGAGAUAACUUGAGUCGUUGAAUUUGGUUCGAGUUUUUGGAUGGGAUGGGAUGGGAUGCGAUACGAUGGAAUGCGAUGCGAUGCGAUACGAUGGAUGGCUUGUGGGGAUGGCUGGAGAUGGAAGUACAAGUUCAGAACUAAGGGUUCUGUAUAAUGGGUCGGGGAUUAGAUGAAUUUGUAAGCUGAGGAUGAGCUAUGGAGGAGAGGAGAACGAUGUUUGACGAUGUUUGACGUGAUUUGGUGCAGUGAGAAGGUCGGGUACAUUUCGAGAUUCCCUAUACUACUCUCUUUCUUUAAGUUGGGAUAGUUGUUACGUCAUCAGCAUUGCAGUUUACUGAGGAUUCGACUUAAGCCCUGUCAUCACGUGAUGGUAAAACUCGUAUCUAUUCUCAUACUCUUCUCUCUUAGUAUCUAACAGUUGGAAUUGCGUAUUCGAUUUCAAAACAGCAGCAAUCGGCUUCACUUGGUUGAAACCUUUGGCAGGACGAAUACCUAGGUAUCUAAGUCACUUUCUUUUGGCACCAACCUCACUUGUUGUCAUUUGUUUAUCUUUCCUUCCAGCUAUUGAUAAAAUUCGACUCUGUCAAUCAUAUUGGAGCAGUCCAGGAUAUGCGAAAAUGAGACACAAGUUGUAGGCUCUCAUCAUGAAUGUCAGUCACGUCGAAAAUUAUUCAACCAAUCCCAAUUGACAUUAGCAGCAGAACCAAUACAAUCUCCCAAUCAAGUCCUACAGCUGUAACCUGGAAUGGACUAUCAGACCCCCAAGAUCCAUUCAAUUGGUCCCUUCGCAAGAAAUGGCUCGUGAUAACUCUCGUCCUCCUCGCAAGCUUCAUCUCCUCCAUGAACGGCACCAUCAUAUCUGUUGCCAAUAACCCCAUCAAUAAAGGAUUUGGCAUCUCCGAUUCUCACUUCCCUAAUUCCUAUUGGCCAAUUGCAUCAUGAGGAGUUGGAGGCGCAAUAUUCUCACUUGUCUUGUUUCCUGUUAUGGAGGAUUGUGGUAUUAAACCUGUAUUUCUUGGCACGUACUUUGUAUUUGUGUGUUCAUUGAUUCCAAUUGGAUUUGCAGAGAAUUUCGCAACGUUAGUUGUGGUGAGAUUUUUUAGUGGAGGUUGUGUCCAGCUUUUGAGUAAUGCUGUGGCGGGUGUUAUAUCGAAUGUUUUUCGAGACGAUAGGGAAAGGAGUGUGCCGAUUAGUUUAUAUAUAACUACAUAUCUUGUUUCGACAAGUAUGGGACCUGUUAUCGGCUCUACUAUUCUUCAAUAUCUUGAUUGGCGUUGGAUUGGUCAUAUCGAGUUAAUUUGGACGGCGGCUUUCUUCCCUCUUCAUAUUCCGUCUUCCCGAAAGUCGCGGAUCGGCUAUUUUACUUUCCAAAGCGAAAUAAUUACGGAAAGAAGGAAAAGGGCAUACACAGCAGAGGAAUUUCAAAAAAAGCCCAUCCACCAAAUUCUCAUCAGAAGCGUCCAAAGACCUCUCUACAUGCUCUUUACCGAAUCCGUCGUUUUCAUCGCCACCCUUUGGGCAGCCUUCCGCCUGGGAACAAUUUACCUUUUCACACAAUCUGUCGAACAAGUCUACUCCCAAAUUUACGAUUGGAAUAGUCUCCAAGCAGGUUAUGUCCAGCUCGCAAUCGCUAUUGGCGAAUGUAUCGGUUGUGCACUUUGCAUGUAUACAAACUCCUGGUACUACGAUUCGGCCGCGCGAAAUACAGAGGUUCCUGGUACUCCCAUUCCCGAAGCACGUUUAUAUCCCUCUGUUAUUGGUGGUUUCUUAGGUGUUACAGGCGGAGUGUUUCUGUAUGGUUGGACAUCCAUAUCUACCAUGCACUGGAUAAUUCCCACUCUCGGCCUCUCACUAGGCUGCGGUACCUCGGCCAUCAUCAUCAGUAAUGCAAAUUACCUCGUAGAUGCCUAUAGCAAAUAUGCAGCUAGCGCGUUAGGUGUUGUUGGUCUGGUGGAAAAUGUAGCAUUGGCUUUUAUUCCACUAGCGAGUUCGAGUAUGUAUACAGAUCUAAAGUUUCAAUGGGCGAGUUCGCUUUUGGCAUUUUUGAGUUUGGCUUUAGUGGUGACGCCUUUUGCGGUUUUUAUAUGAGGAAAGGAAAUUAGAGGUCGGAAUCCUUUUAUGAAGGAGGCGGUUUUAGAGAAGAGGGAGAUAGCUUUUGGUGGGAUUGGUGUGCUUGAAGGUGCGUAGGGAUUUUUUGGUACUGAAAUUGUGAAAGGAGAACCGAAAGGUACAUAAUAUCUUACAUCGUAUUUCAUUGCUGUAAUACUAGCAAAGCCUGCUGAAGCACAAUAGUUGGAUGAUUAGCUAGAUAGCCGUUUAUUCUGUAUUAGUUUCGACUUCCUAAUUUCAGAGGUUGAAGAACGGAAAGCAACUUCUUUUAAGCACGG